AUGGCGCUGAAGGCAAAGAAGGAAGCCCCUGUCCCUCCCAAAGCUGUAGCCAAAACAAAGGCAUUGAAAGCCAAGAAGGCAGUGCUGAAAGGCAUCCACAGCUCACACAAAAAGAAGAUUCGCAUGUCACUCACUUUCCGGCAGCCCAAGACUCUGAGGCUCCAGAGGCACCCCAAAUAUCCUCGGAAGAGCACUCCUAGGAGAAACAAGCUUGACCACUAUGCCAACAAGCACCAAAUCACACAGGCUGUGAAGAAGCUCUGUGACAUUGAUGUAGCCAAGGUCAACACCUUCCUCAGGCCUGAUGGAGAAGAGAAGGCCUAUGUUCCACUGGUUCCUGACUAUGAUGCUUUGGAUGAUUAUGGGUACAUAGAAGAAUGCUUUGUGAAUAAGUGA